AUGGCCUCCGACACAAAGCGCCAGAAUGCAGGUCCCAGAGUCCCCGUCGCUCUUCCAAAGGGUGAACCCGCGCAGUCAGGCGCCUCUGUCGUCUCCCCAGAUCUCAGUCUGCAGCAGGCCAUAGGAAGCCGAAUUCGAGUGAAUGUUGCAUCUCCCACCCCAGCCGUGGUUGAGGGAACUGUGUACACUGCCGACCCUCUCACCAACCUUCUUGUUCUUAAUACCAGCACGGCUUAUUCCACUCCGAUUACCGCAUCCUCUCUCGCUGCGCCAUCAGGAACUUAUCGCAUCAUCCCCAUUGCGUCCAUCAGCAGCUUCCAGCUUCUUUCCCUUCCCCCACCAAACUCGGAAGUCAGCAAUAAUCCCGCUCUCAAUACCAUCGAUACCAACGCUGUUCAAGCCAGACUUCACAAGAAUAUAGCUGCUCAACAGGCUGCUCAAGCCCGCAUUGGGCCCAAAGGCACUACUCCAACGGAUCAAGCACUGUUCGAAGCUUUGUCUCGGACUCUCUCGUCAUCUUGGUCUGGCAAUGGAAUGCUCAUCUCUGACACAUAUUUGAUCGAAAAGCCUUAUGGUCCUCUUAAUGUUCGGAUUGUCGACGGUCGUCACGGAGAUCUGGAAAGAAUGAAGAAGGUGGUUGAGAUGGAGAGGCAGAAAGUCACACUGAGGCUUUCUAAGGGAAUGCUCGAUGGCAAAAUGUCUGCCGAAACCACACCUACCAAAGGGACUACUGCUGCAGCUAUCAAAAAGGGUGGCUAA